AUGGCUAUAUCUAUCAUUGUUUACGUUCAAAACCUCAUUCAAAUUCAAGUCUGUUGUCGAUCGGUGUUUUUAUAAGUUUUAAUCAUGAAUUUCUACGGUGGCACAAUUCACAAUGGUUUCAAUGACUCAAGAAAUUCUUUUGGAGGUUUCAGAGGCGUAGACGACUAUAAUUUUCAGCCCGAUAUCGACAGAGGUUUUAUCACUCGCGCUCACACCCCUUUGACCACCGUUACAUCUGUGUUAGCCCUAUCAUAUGAGGGAGGUGUUGUAAUGGCUGCUGACCUUGUAGGUUCCUACGGCUCAUUAAUGCGAUUCAAAAACUGUCCUAGAAUAAUGAGGGUGAAUGCCAAUGUUGUCAUUGGAGCCAGUGGAGAUUAUGCCGAUUUUCAGUACCUUCAGCAAAUCAUCAAGCAAAAAAUAAUUGAAGAAGAGUGUUUAGACGAUGGCAUCUCAAUAAAACCAAGAGCCUUGUUCUGUUGGCUGACCCGUGUUCUCUACCAAAGGCGUUCCAAGUUUGAUCCACUUUGGAACACAUUCGUCAUUGCUGGUCUGCAGGAUGGCCAACCGUAUAUUUCCUGUGUAGAUAAGCUAGGAACAGGUUAUGAAGACAAACAAGUCGCCACUGGAUUCGGUUCUCACUUGGCCACUCCUCUGUUCAGAGAAGCAGUAGAAAAUAAACCUUUGCCCUCCAAAGAAGAGGCAAUAGCUGUUGUAAAGAAGAGUCUGGAAAUUCUCUUUUACAGAGAUGCUCGUUCUUUCGAUAAGUACCUUUUGGCAACCGUGGAUUCAAAUGGUGCUGUGAUAGAAGAACCACAACUUAUCAAACCAGAUUGGAGUCUGGCUGCUCUCACUGAGUGCCCUUGAAACAUCUCACGAAGAAAAUGAAAAACUGUUCUCCUUCUUGUAAAUUUUUUGCGAUUUGUCUUUUUUUUUUCUUUUUGUAUCCUGAAGCUCGAAAGUUAUGUUUAUCUUUUAUACAAUAUUUUGAUCCAAUUAAAAGUAAUGUAUUAAUACAAACA